AUGCGAUAUUGAGGCAAGCCGUCGAUUGGGCCUGCGACUCGCGAGGACUAGUUGGCGCCAGCCUCAUAGACAGGCUGAUCACACUAGGCCCAAGGUUUCCAACGGAUUUUCUUCCGUGCUAUCCGACUAUACACAAUCCUGCGAUGGAUGAACUCACCGAGGCACGAGCAGCACUGGCUGCGAUGGAGAAUCGCGAACGAGAACUCCUCAGCGAGCUUCACAGCAUCCGGGAUGCCGUUCGAUUGCAAAGGUCUAGAGUCGAAGAACUCAUCACACGAUUGCCGAUAUCUCCUCUUGAUCGUCUUCCCAACGAGUCACUUUUGCGGGUACUCGAGUUUUACCUUGGGGAGGCCGCCCAGACAUGCGACGUGUAUAUCCACACCAAGCGGGAGUUGGCGAGCGUGUCACGUCGUUGGAGAGACCUGAUUCUGCACUCUCCAAGUCUUUGGACCUUGCUCACGGUGACUUCAAGUUGGAGCGAAGCACGUGCGAAAAUAUAUGUGACUAGAAGUUCACAAUCUCUCCUCGACAUCGUUAUCAGGUUUUGUGAUUAUCGUUAUGAUGAUAACAACGGAAUUUUCCCUGCACUCCUCGAUAUUCUGACCUCUUGCGCUCAUCGCUGGCGCAGUCUCAUCAUCCACAAGCAUACCCCCGAGGAUUACGGGUUUCUCGUGCUGGGAAAGCUGAAUCGAUUAUCGUUCCCUUCACUAGAACGGGUUUCAAUCUCGAACUUCCCUGGCUCAUUAAGGGGACAAGGGGAACUCUAUCAACCUACAUUCCUGCGUCCCCAAAUUGCCCCUCAUUUAGAACAAGUGGAUCUUCAUGUAAACGUUAAGACAUCCGCAGCCGUCCACAUCCCUUCUGGUGUUACCGACCUUUCCCUUCAUUUUUAUGACUGCGAUCACAUCCAACACUCAUCACUUUUCGAGGGUCUUUCUUGCCCGGGACUGACUUCCCUUUGCAUUUCUGGCCACGCUGUCGACUUCAACUCACCCCCGAAUAGUAUUCAGUUACCUCUACUGGAGAAAUUCGUGUGCACACUCAGCUGUGCGAAGUCACUGAUACAUGCUCUUGUCGCUCCGCGGCUCAGACAUUUUGAUUAUUCUCCAUCUUCCUGCAACGAUUCCCCGAGCACAAUUUUUGCAGACCUCCACUCCAAGUUCAUUAGCGUCGGUUACCUCCACCUUUCCGGCUCCACCGCACACAUUUUAUCAGAGGCUGUUUGCAUGGCGUUCCCAAAUGUCCGCGCUCUGCGGCUCACUCCAUCCAAUGACGUUUUGUCGGAUUCUUGCCCAGCCGACUUUCUGGGUGGUGCCCUCCACUGGAAGAAUCUGAAGAACCUGACUAUAUACCCACCGGAUGGCUCUGACUUGGAGCCGCUAGAUGGUUUAGCCGCCUGGCUCCUGCAGCGACUAAAUGCGGGUCAAUCGAAAUUGCGUGUCACAGUUAUUACCUCUGGGUGUGGAAUGCCGUCACUGUUUCAGAAACUAACUGAACUCUGUUCUCUGGAGUGGUUUGAUCUUUGUCAUAACGUUACUAUGAUGCGCCGUCGAAGUGGAAGCAAGGAUUGGGUGUAUCAAAUCUGCCUGCCUGCGUUGUCGAUGAGCUCAGUACCACUCUCAGAACAGGGAACGUUCGAGGCAGGGUCAGAGGUUGUCAGUGUGGGAUGUAUAUAUAGGCCAUGACUAGGCGACGGCUCGUGUGUUCAUGGUAAUUGUUUACAUUGAUGAGCAGUUUGCCUGCAGUGGCAAUCUAAAUGAGUGUUGGCAGUUAUCUUGUUGCUGACAGCUCUACCAUGCGUGUCUCGUGCAGGUUUUAUUAACGGCAAAUGCAGGCC